AUGGAUGACUCGUUAUUUGGACCUUGGAAGCUCGAUCCACCAAUAAAUAAAUGGCAUGAAUUCAAAAUUGGUAAAUUAGAUGCAUGGUAUCAAGUUUCGGCCAAUUCUCUUCAACCUGCAACUUCAGAUAAAUCUUCAGACAAAUUAUCUGAGCGCUCAUUAAGCGACACACAAAAUUCUUUAAUUCCUCGUUUAUCAAAGAAGACAAAAUCAAAUCAAAGUAUCCAAGAACCAGUUGAAAAUUCGCCAGAAAAAUUUGCACCAAAACCUCAGCCUAGAUUUGGAAUCAGAGACAAGUGGGAUGAGCCAAGGAGUUUUGAAUUAUUCAUUUCAGCUCCACAAUAUUCUUUACUUGGCUGGCCUACAUCUUUUUCUUCAAUUGAUGAAGCGAUUGGAUCUUCUAAAGAAUUAGUUUCGCCUAAACAGCCAAGUGGAAGACCACAAAAACAAAGAAAAUCUGGAAUUCCAACAAAAAGAUGA